UGUUGAAGAAGAGACCUAAAACCCUAACAACAGGUUUUAGCAAAACCAUCGCUGUAUCCCAUGGAGGUCAAUUUAGGGGAAAUUCCCUUCGGCGUCGAUUUUCAUCCUUCGAAUCCGCUCGUCGCCGUUGCCCUCAUCACCGGCGACCUGCAGCUAUAUCGAUAUAAUAGCAAUGAUUCCUCGCUUCAAAGGUUGCUGGAUGUUAAUGCACACAGUGAGUCUUGCAGAAGUGUUAGGUUCAUCAAUGGUGGACAAGCUGUUGCCACCGGUUCAAAGGAUUGCUCCAUUUUGGCAACAGAUGUGGAAACUGGUGCGACUAUUGCACGUCUUGAAAAUGCCCAUGAGAAUGCCAUCUAUAGAUUGACCAACCUCACAGAGUCUACGAUUGCCUCUGGAGAUGAUGAAGGCUGUAUAAAGGUAUGGGAUACCAGGCAACGAUCCUGCUGCAAUUCUUUCAAUGCUCAUGAAGACUAUGUUUCAGAUAUGGCUUUCGUAUCUGGUUCCAUGAAACUGUUAGGAACAAGUGGAGAUGGGACUCUAUCUGUUUGCAAUCUUUGGUCAAAUAAAGUUCAAACUCGGUCUGAGUUUUCUGAGGAAGAGCUUACGUCAGUUGUUGUUAUGAAGAAUGAUCGAAAAGUCAUCUGUGGAUCACAAAGUGGAACUUUGCUCAUAUAUUCAUGGGGUUUUUUCAAGGAUUGCAGUGAUCGUUUUGUUGAUCUCUCACCAAAUUCUGUUGAGGUUUUGUUGAAGCUUGAUGAAGACAGGAUUAUUACAGGAUCAGAGAAUGGACUUAUCAGCUUGAUAGGAAUAUUGCCAAAUAGAAUCAUACAACCUAUUGCAGAGCAUUCGGAUUACCCGAUAGAGGGCCUUGCUUUUUCUCACGACAGAAAGUUUCUUGGUAGUAUAUCACAUGAUCAGCUGUUGAAGUUGUGGGAUUUGGAUGACAUUCUGCAAGGCUCUACAAAUAACCAAAAUGUUCAAGCAGAAAUUGCAGACGGUGACAGUGAUGGAAUGGAUGUCGAUAAUAAUAACCCUCCUCAAUCUAAGAAAAGGACCAAGGUCAAAAAUGCAAGCAGUUCAAAUAAUUUCUUUGCAGAUCUAUAGAUGAAUUGUAUCAGUUUACAAAAUUUUGUCUUUCAAAGAGACUAGAUGAUGAUCAAAGGCUUGCAUUUUUCUUGAGAAGAAUGAUGCCCUGACAUCAUUUUCUUGGUUUGUUAUAAUACAUGUUUUGUUUCCAGCUUGCACGCAGUUGUGAGGGUUUGCAGUCUAGAUGUGAAUUAAUUCUUUGAGAAGAUAAUCGGGGAUCUGAAUUUUUGUUUACCCUUUUCUUGGUGCCAUGCCAUGGAAUGUUUGAA